AUGUGCCGCAGAAAGUGCUUUGGUCUUUUUAUCCUUGCUUACUGCAUCGUACUGGUUACCCCCCAAGGUGCCUUCAGUCAUGGUGAUAUCAUUAGGACCUUUGUUGCAAAGUACAAGCAAAUACGAACUGUGAAUUUACUCCUGUGCACCAACACGCAUCUCAUUGAGGCAUCCCGAGGAUUAAUGGAAGCUGGGGUGCAAGUUAAAAUGCAAAGUGUUGAGAAGAUAAAUGUCUGGAGUGAUCUAUGGGAUGUAUUUGCGUGCAAGAUGUUUCGAAAAAUAAUAAUUUUGGACUUGGAGUGCGAAGGUAGCGAGAGGAUCUUGCUGGAGCUUGCCACCUUCAGUCAGAGCUUCAAAUCCUGCAAUCAUUGGCUCCUGCUGGAGAAUGUGCGUUCUGUGCCAUUGAAUGUCUUCGAGCAGCUCCCCAUUCACGUUAGUACGGAGAUAAUGCUGGCAACGAGGGAUGAGAACUUUGGUCAUAGCAAUGCAACCGCGUACACAGCUGCUGGAAGCUAUUGGCUAUACGAUAUCUGGAGUCCCGGAAUUGUCUUCGGAGGGAGUCUCAAUGUGACAUUCAUGGGGAAGUACGAGCCACACAUUAACAAUGGAAACUUUCAGUUGGUUACUCACGAUACAACUAUAAUACGUCGCAAAAAUUUGAAUUUGGUACCACUUCGCUGCAUGAUGGUGAUCACUGAAGAUCUCGAAGAAACAUUCGAAGAUUACGUGAGAGGAUCACGUAAAAAGCAUCUGGAUUCUGCUCAUCGAUUUACCUACACCAUUGUUACCUACGUUAAAGAUAUGUUCAACUUUAGUAUGCCAACGAUGCAUUCAAAGUCCUGGGGAUACCCAAAAAAUGGAACUUUCGACGGAAUGAUUGGAUUUUUAAUGCGCGGAGAAGCUGAAUUAGGUGGAUCACCAGGUUACAUUCGAGAAGAACGAGCGCGUGUCGUUGACUUUACAGUUGGGAUAUGGAUUACAAGGCCAUGCUUCAUUUUCCGCCACCCCUUCAAGGAAGGGCUAAUAAGCGACGUUUUUAUUAUUCCUUUCACAAAGUACGUAUGGAUUAGCAUUGCCACAGUGGGUGUCAUCUGGAUAUCAUUUGCAGGCUAUAUUAUGUACUGGGAGGGAUUUGUCGAGAAUACAGAUGGUGUUAAUGGAGUCCCCAGUGGGGGUGGUGGCGGCACUCAAAGUGGGCAUAUUGCAUCAAAUUUCAUUUUUCGCAAUGCCAUUAAAAGUUUGGGAAAAUACUUUCCCGGAAAUAAAUCAAAACUUCGUCGGGGUGACGACACGAAAGGAAAGCCAAACAGUUAUGACAAAUUCAAAAAGGAUGGAGCCGAUGGUGUGGAAGGAAGCGAAGAGGCUGAAAGGGGUGGUGACCUGCUGUUCCAUCCAACACCCGCGACUACCCCAGAGGGCACUCAUCCACAGCGAUCUUAUCGGCAGAUGGGGGCCACCAUCCGUACCGAGGCAACUGCCAAAGCUGUGAUUGCCAACGCGGGAGCUGUUGUGGGUGGGGAGCGCAGUGUAGUUAAAAUUCAUAACAGUCGCAGGGGUGUUAUUGAAAAUUAUGAGAAGGAAAAAUCAACGAACAGAACUGUUGCUCCCGCUAGGCAUCCAACGGCCGCUGAACGCUAUUCGCGGAGUGUCAUCCUCUUCAUUCGCGCCAUCUCCCAACAAGGUAAUCAGGAAUCACCAACUCAUGUCUGUGCUGGCAGUAUUGCAAUGCAAAUUCUCGUUUUGUUUGCUUUCUUCACCUUCCAGUAUUACUCAGCAAGUAUUGUUGGUUCACUCCUCAUGGAGAAACCUAAAACAAUCAAAACCCUGAGAAAUCUAAUCGACAGUAACCUGGAACUUGGAGCUGAAGAUAUACUUUACACUCGAGAUUUCUUCGUGAGAACAACCGACCCAGUGGCUCAAGAAUUGUUCAGAAAACGCAUAAAAUACUUCGAUAAGAAUAAUCAAGAAGUAGAGAAUUUUUUGCGUCCCGAUGUUGGGAUGCCAAAGGUGAAAAAGGGCGGUUAUGCGUUUCAUAUUGACGUCUCGGCUGCAUAUAAAAUCAUACGGGAUACCUUUACAGAGCGUGAAAUCUGUGAUUUAGUUGAAAUUGAUCUCUUCCCCUCGUACUCCUUCAUGAUGAUCAGCAUGGUGCGAAAGGGUUCACCGUACCGGAAGAUGAUGAUCUACGGCAUGAGGAAGACCGUUGAAACCGGGGUUGCGUAUCGAACGAAGGAUUUCUAUCAGACACCGCAGCCUAAAUGUACGCGUCAGAUGAAAGCUACCGAUCUUAUUGUUAACGUUGAGAGACUCUUCUCGGCUCAUGCAUUGCUAAUUUGUGGCUUUCUUUUGAGCUUGAUUGUGCUUAGUGUGGAGCUGCUUUAUAGGAAUUUAACAAACCGUAACAAAGCACGUAGAAGGCAUUAG